UAGAUUAAAAUAUAUUUUUCUCUUAUUAGGUAAAAAAGUUGGGAGAACUUGGUAUGCUUGCCAUAUCUACACCUGAAAAAUAUGGAGGUGCUGGUUUAGAUUAUUUAGCUUAUGCAAUAGCUAUGGAGGAAGUAUCUAGAGGCUGUACAUCUUGUGGUGUGAUCAUGGGUGUCAAUAAUUCUCUGUAUCUUGGUGGUCUUGAGAAAUUUGGGACGGAAGAUCAAAUAAAAAAAUAUGCUACACCCUUUACAAAUGGGGACAGAGUUGGCUGCUUCGCUUUAAGUGAGCCAGGUAAUGGUAGUGAUGCAGGUGCUGCAUCAACAACUGCUAGGUUAGAAGGAGAUUCUUGGGUUUUGAAUGGAACUAAAGCCUGGAUAUCAAGUGGUUAUGAAGCUGAAGCAGCUCUUGUUAGUAUCUUUUUCUAAAGGACUUAUCAGAAAUUAAUAUUUUUUUCAUCGAUAAUAUUCUAAUAAUACUAGAUCAUUUAUAUAUUGAUAACGCUGGGAAACAAUUUUUUUUUCUUCAGUCGCAAGAGAUUUUUUUAACCUAUCUUGAAUACUUUUGUGUCACUGAUUUCAAAUCUGUAAUCGGUUUUUUCCUUGCUGCUCCAGAUUUUUUGAAAAUGCCUUUUUUAGUCUAUUAUUUGUUAAACUAUACAAGUUUAAAAACGUCAUAUAAAACAGGGAUUAUAUAAAUGUUGCAGGAAACUUCUAGAGCAGUUAGGCAGGGUGGCCACCCACCUUUAAAACCUUGAAAACCUAGAAUUAUCAGGGAAUUUUCUUAUACUGGAAAAAUCAGGGAAAUUUGGAUAAA